AUGAGCAAGGUGGAGAGGGCGUUCAAGAGUAUGCUGUAUGCAGCCCAGGACCAGGCCCCAUCCAUAGAAGUCACAGAUGAAGACACUGUCAAGAGAUACUACGCCAAGUUUGAGGAGAAGUUUUUCCAGAAUUGUGAGAAAGAGCUUUUGAAGAUCAACACAUUCUAUUCAGAGAAACUUGCUGAAGCACAGAGGCGUUUCGCCACCCUGCAGAAUGAGCUGCAAUCGUCUCUGGAUGCGCAGCGUGAGAGCAAUGCACCAGGCCUCCGCAAACGCAAGACGGUGUUCCACCUGUCCCAGGAGGAACGCUGCAAACACCGCAACAUCAAGGACCUGCAGCUGGCCUUCUCCGAGUUCUACCUCAGCCUCAUCCUGCUGCAGAACUACCAAAAUCUGAACUUCACAGGUUUCCGUAAAAUCCUGAAGAAGCAUGAUAAGAUCCUGGAGACCCCCCGCGGGGCUGACUGGCGUGUGGCCCAUGUGGAGGUGGCCCCUUUCUACACCUGUAAGAAGAUCACCCAGCUCAUCUCUGAGACAGAGGCUCUGGUGACCACAGAGCUGGAGGGAGGGGACCGUCAGAAAGCCAUGAAGAGGCUGAGAGUGCCUCCACUGGGGGCAGCACAGCCUGCUCUAGCCUGGACUACCUUCCGCGUUGGCCUCUACUGUGGGGUCUUCAUAGUCCUCGCUAUCUCCUUCCUCCUCACUGGUGCUGUACUCAUCCGGUAUGAGAACGUGUGGCCUCUGGUGCGUAUCUACCGCGGUGGCUUCCUGCUGAUUGAAUUCCUCUUCCUGUUGGGCAUUAACACCUACGGCUGGCGCCAGGCGGGGGUCAACCACGUGCUCAUCUUCGAGUUGAACCCUCGCAGCAACCUCUCCCACCAGCACCUGUUUGAGAUUGCUGGUUUCCUGGGCGUGCUGUGGUGUAUGAGCAUCCUGUCCUGUCUGUACUCUGAGUACACCAUGCUGCCCAUGCAGGUGAACCCUCUCAUCCUCUACGGCUUCAUGCUCCUCUUCCUCAUCAACCCCUUCAAGACUGGCUACUACAAGUCCCGCUUCUGGCUGCUCAAACUGCUGUUCCGUGUGUUCACAGCGCCGUUCCACCGCGUGGAGUUUGCAGACUUCUGGCUGGCCGACCAGCUCAACUCUCUGGUGAUUGUACUGAUGGACCUGGAGUAUCUCAUCUGCUUCUACAGCUUUGAGCUCAAAUGGACCGACCGCAAAGGCCUCCUGCCCAUGUUCAACGGUGAUUACAUAUGCCAUAGUUACUCCUACGGUCUCCGUGCCAUCAUCCAGUGUCUGCCCGCUUGGUUCCGUUUCGUGCAGUGCCUCCGUCGGUACCGAGACACCAAGCGAGCUUUCCCUCACCUGGUCAACGCUGGCAAAUACUCCACCACUUUCUUUGUGGUCACCUUCGCCGCACUCUACAGCACCCACAAAGAACAAAAGCAUUCUGAUGCAGACAUGUUCUUCUACCUGCUGAUCGUGUUCUCAGCCGUCAGCUCCCUGUACACUCUGAUCUGGGACCUGAAGAUGGACUGGGGCCUGUUUGACCGUGGAGCAGGAGAGAACACCUUCCUCAGGGAGGAGAUCGUCUACCCGCAGAAAGCAUACUACUACUGUGCCAUCAUAGAGGACGUGAUCCUGCGUUUCGCCUGGACCAUCCAGAUCUCCCUCACCACCAUGACCAACAUCCCCUCUGUGGGAGACAUCGUGGGCACAGUGCUGGCUCCUCUAGAGGUGUUCAGGCGUUUUGUCUGGAACUUCUUCCGUCUGGAGAACGAGCACCUGAAUAACUGUGGUGAGUUCCGUGCCGUGAGGGAUAUCUCAGUGGCUCCGCUGAAUGCUGACGACCAGACACUGCUGGAGCAGAUGAUGGACCAGGAGGACGGAGUCAGGAACCGCCAGGGCAAGAAGAGCUGGAAGCGCAGCUACAGCCUGUCUCUACGACGCCCUCUGAUGUCCUCUCAAUCAUCCAAGAAGGACACCAAGGUGUUGAUAGAGGAUACGGAUGAUGAGGCCUUCAGCUGAGCCCAGGGCACCAGCUCUACGCCCCCAGUGAUCUUAUCACUCCAUCACAGAGCUGCCUCACACCACACCCACACCCACACCCACACACA